CGCACCGGACACUUUGAGUCAGGGGAUUGUUGCGUCUGGCGCCCGCUCUCAAAAAGGUCAAUGUCAAGAUCCACCGAAAUUCCAUUCUAUGAAACCCAAGGGGACACCUGCACCCCCUUAUAAUAUUGGGGUUGAAAUAGACUAUGAGUGUCUCCCAGGAUAUGUGCCUAAGGAUCCUCCUCUUCCCACCAAUGUUGUUUGUCAGAAGAAUUCCACCUGGACACACAUCAUGGAAGCUUGUACAACAAAUGAAUGUGAAGACCCACCGAAAUUCCAUUCUAUGCUACCCAAGGGUAAUAUUACACCCCCUUAUAAUAUUGGGGUUGAAAUAGACUAUGAGUGUCUCCCAGGAUAUAUUCCUAAGGAUCCUCCUCUUCCGACCCGUAUUGUUUGUCACAAGAAUGCUACCUGGACAAAGAUCAUGGAGGCAUGCACAAGUAAGUACCCAAAACUUUUAUUUUUAUUACUCUAAAGUUUUUCACACAUUGUACAAUGUAGAUUGCACUGUUACAGUGAUGGUUUCCUCAGGUGGAUGUAGAUUUUUAAUAGCCAUGUAUUUUUUCAGGCUUUGAAAUUCUCCAGGAAAUUUUUUAUUAGACUAUUGUUAUUUUGGGCUAAUGUGAAUCUUAAGUUUGGCCAUUAGUGACAACAUGGAUGGCCCUUGAGAGUAGCAUGCUCAGCA